AUGGCGGCGUGCCGGGGAUCCUCUUCGAAAUGGUUUUUCAACCGGGAGCAGCUCGAAACCACGCCGUCCCGCCGUUCGGGAGUUGAUCCGGACAGGGAGCUAUCUUACCGACAGCAGGCGGCUAACCUCAUUCAAGAUAUGGGCCAGAGACUCAACGUGUAUCCUUUAUAAACACGCUUGCAGUCAUCAGACAUGUCGAAGAAAGGAGGAUAACGUUAGACAUAGCGCUCUUUGUAGGCCCGUUUCCCCGGGUGGUGGGGCACGCGCUAGAGGCAGGAUAUGCUAAUUAUUUUGUCAUAGUAGAAGAUUUCAAAUGUGCCAGCGUGGUGUGUCAGUGUUGUGUAGCAAUGAUACAACCAAGUUUAACUAGCAAACAUCACCCACCAACAUUCAACAUGAAGAAGGGCAUUUCUCUGGCGCUAGUUAGCGAGCUAGCCAUGUUAGUAGCUAACGCACUACUUGUCAGUUACAUAACUGAAAUGUUAGCUAGCUAAUGUAGAUGUGUUUUGUUUUAUGAUGAAUCAUAGUUCCUUCGCUUAGCCAAGUGAUAGCUCCCCAGCACGCCAACCCUAGCCAGCUAGCAUUGAACUGUCCUGUCAAGACAGCUAGUUCGUUGUGACUAAGUUGCUUAGCUAGCUAUCUCUAGUUAGCGCGAGCAAGUUCCAUCAUGUAAAGCAGAACGUGCAUUGUUGUAUUUGUCAUUUUCAUUUGCACGGUUGCCAUGUUUGUAUUUUUUGCUUACUGGAUAAAAUGUAAGAUUGUAUCUAGCUACUGUACCUUAACUAGGUAACUAGUACCUAGCCGGCAUUGACAACCCAACGUGGAUCAAAUGAUUAGGAGUUGCUACGUUUGUCACCCGUGUGUCGUGUCAAUCUCAUUCACUUGAUUUAAUCAAGUAGCUAAUGGCUUAAACAUGGUAAUUGUGAUCGUUUUUCUCACUGAUUUAUCUUUUGACCAAAAAAUAUCCGUUUUGGGCUGACUGUAAACACAGCUAAUGUGAUCUGUGGACUAAAAUACGUUUAAGCUAAUUGAUGAAACAGCUUACAUUGAAAUAUACAUGAAUUCCUUAACCCAUUUUCUCCAGCUCACAACUUACAAUAAAUACAGCAAUUGUUUAUAUGCAUAGAUUUUAUAUGUUCCACUCUUUCACCAAAUUCCACAGAAAUGUAAGUAUUUACUUUUAUUCAUUAUAUAUAGGCAGCCUGACUGACUGUUUCCUUUAUACAGACAAUUUGCAACAUGUUUACAUGUUAAUAUAUUAAAAUCAAUUUAUUUUGUUACAGAUAAUUUCUCCAACCACCUUAUUCCUAGCUGCGAAAGUUGAAGAGCAACCUCGGAAACUUGAGCAUGUUAUUAAAGUUGCACAUGCUUGUCUAAACCCUCAAGAGACCCCGCUUGAUACAAAGAGUAAUGUAAGUCUGAGUAGUAUGGGUAUUGUAGGUUUUGUUAUUUUCCUUUCCCACCUCCCUGCUUGUCCCAUUUUGUCAAUGGCUUGGACACUUGCUUUUGUGUAAUUGUAUUGAGGUUUGAGUGUAAAGGUUUAUGCAAAGUGUUAGUAUACACUGAGUAUACAAAACAUUAAGAACAUCUGCUUGUUCCAUGACAGACUGACCAGGUGAAUCUAGGUGAAAGGUAUGGUCCCUUACUGAUGUCACUUGUUAAGCCUUGAGACAAUUGAGACAUGGAUUGUGUAUGUGUGCCAUUCAGAGGGUGAAUGGGCAAGACAAGAUUUAAGUGCCUUUGAACAGCGUAUCAUAUUAGGUACCAGGCACACUGGUUGUGUCAAGAACUACAACACUCCUGGGUUUUUCACACUCAACAGUUUCCUGUGUGUAUCAAGAAUGGUCCACCACCCAAAGGACAUCCAGCCAACAUGGGAGGCAACAUGGGCCCACAUCCCUGUGGAACGCUUUCGACGCCUUGUAGAGUCCAUGCCCGACGAAUUGAGGCUGUUCUGAGCUCGGGGGGUGCACAACUCAAUAUUAGGAAGGUGUUUCUAAUGUUUGGUAUACUCAGUGUAUGUUCUCCAUUUUGUCACCAGAGGGUGUGUCGAGAUUGACAAUAUUCAGGCUUUGUCAGACUUAUGUCUCAGUCCAGUCUCAGCAAGAUCUUAGUGCUGAUAUUAUUCCUAGUAGCAAGACUCUGAAUUGAAACCACUGACACAGAGAAAAAAAACAUACUGUUACAGUUUGGAAAUGGGCUUUGAAAUAGGGGAAUGGAUAGACACAUUACAAAUGUCAUGUAAUGAUUGUCUAUUGAACUUCAGGCAUACCUCCAGCAAGCUCAAGAGCUGGUGAUACUUGAAACCAUAGUGCUGCAGACUUUAGGUAAGUAAAGUCUGAGUGAGCGUAUAGUGAGAGCAUGAUCUAGUCUACAAAGUAUGUUUGAAUAUUCUGUUGGCUCAUUGCUGCCAGGCUGUGGUGGAUUGCCAUUUUUCCGACUGUUUAAAUGAGGUAUGUUAUGGUAACAUGUUGCUCAUUCUUCACUGCCAUGAUUCUAUUGCACCCGCACAGGUCAAAAUGUUCUUCUGUUAUGAUGAAUCUCAGAUCUUGGCAAACAGCAGUCCCAUCCAUGUUCCAAUCUGUGGUCUCUAUGACUAUGAAAUACUCUAAUUAUGUGGCCACCAUCUGUGACCAUUUUGGUUAUACAACACCAAUAUACUCACCCUUAUUUGGAUGGAAAGAAAUUAGAACUCCCUUUCAUAGUCCACAUGUAAUCCUGACUGUGCUCUUGUGAUAAAGAAUAGAGGGGAAGAACCAUAGAACAUUGCUUUAAUGCAAACAAUGACUGACUGUGUUACUGUUGAAACUCACCUGUCAUAUAUUUUGUUCCAGGAUUUGAAAUAACUAUUGAACAUCCACACACUGAUGUGGUGAAAUGUUCCCAGCUAGUGAGAGGUAGAGGCUUCUUUCUUUGCUCUUUCAUGUCCUCUAUUCCACUCAACCUCUAAUGUGGGUGGGAGGGAGGAUAAUGCUGACAUAAUGAUUAUGCAACAAAUCAUUGUUGACCUUAGAGUUCACAAAACAUUAUGUGAAAUUUGUGAACUGCUAAUGAUAACCCUUAUAAUCAGAGCUCACUGGUCGGCCAAAACGUAACCCUCUUUUUCUUUCACUUGCAGCAAGCAAGGAUCUGGCACAGACUUCCUAUUUCAUGGCUACCAACAGGUUGUUAUCCUGACCCUCCUUUGUUGCACUGUGACUACUGCACACUAUAGCUUCCUUUAAUGCAGGGUACCCUUUCAGUGUCCAACGGCCCUCAAUGCGCCGGUGGCUACUGGGACGCCUGCCCCCUCCUUGCCCCCCCGGGUUGGGGGCGUUUGGCGGUACCGGCCCCGGUUGCGGUGCGGUGUAUUGUACAAGGGACCAGAGUUGGCACAGUGGGGUUGAAUGCACAAUGUGAAGUGUAGUGGUGCGCUAGAACCUCACGUUUGCUCGGUUACAAAAGUGCAUAUGUCUAAAAAGACACUUUGGUAGCCUGAAUAGCAGCUAAAGAUUACACAGAUGUAAACAUAACGUAGAAGUCAUCCCGGUAAGUACCGCUAACCUCUUUUGUUUUUAUUUAUUUGUAUUUUUCAAAUUUCGCCAAAUAGUUUUAUUUAAGUAUUUUCUUAAGUUUAACAUUUUAUCACAUUAACAUUUAAUGUUCAUGGAAUUAUAUCAUAUGCAGUGCAUUCAGAAAGUAUUCAGACCCCUUGACUUUUUCCACAUUUUGUUACGUUACAGCCUUAUUCUAAAAUGGAUGAAAUUGGUUUUUCCCUCAUCAAUCUACACACAAUACCCCAUAAUGAUGAAGACAAAACAGGUUUUUAGAAAUUUUUGCAAAUGUACAGUGAGGGAAAAAAGUAUUUGAUCCCCUGCUGAUUUUGUACGUAUUCCCACUGACAAAGAAAUGAUCAGUCUAUAAUUUUAAUUGUAGGUUUAUUUGAACAGUUAGAGACAGAAUAACAACAAAAAAAUCCCGAAAAACGCAUGUUAAAAAUGUUAUAAAUUGAUUUGCAUUUUAAUGAAGGAAAUAAGUAUUUGACCCCCUCUCAAUCAGAAAGAUUUCUGGCUCCCAGGUGUCUUUUAUACAGGUAACGAGCUGAGAUUAGGAGCACACUCUUAAAGAGAGUGCUCCUAAUCUCAGCUUGUUACCUGUAUAAAAGACACCUAUCCACAGAAGCAAUCAAUCAAUCAGAUUCCAAACUCUCCACCAUGGCCAAGACCAAAGAGCUCUCCAAGGAUGUCAGGGACAAGAUUGUAGACCUACACAAGGCUGGAAUGGGCUACAAGACCAUCGCCAAGCAGCUUGGUGAGAAGGUGACAACAGUUGGUGCGAUUAUUUGCAAAUGAAGAAACACAAAAUAACUGUCAAUCUCCCUCAGCCUGGGGCUCCAUGCAAGAUCUCAUCUCGCGGAGUUGCAAUGAUCAUGAGAACGGUGAGGAAUCAGCCCAGAACUACAUAGUCACCAAGAAAUAGUCACCAAGAAAACAAUUGGUAACACACUACGCCGUGAAGGACUGAAAUCCUGCAGCACCCGCAAGGUCCCCCUGCUCAAGAAAGCACAUAUACAGGGCCGUCUGAAGUUUUCCAAUGAACAUCUGAAUGAUUCAGAGGAGAACUGGGUGAAAGUGUUGUGGUCAGAUGAGACCAAAAUCGAGCUCUUUGGCAUCAACUCAACUCACCGUGUUUGGAGGAGGAGGAAUGCUGCCUAUGACCCCAAGAACACCAUCCCCAACAUCAAACAUGGGUGUGGAAACAUUAUGCUUUGGGAGUAUUUUUCUGCUAAGGGGACAGGACAACUUCACCGCAUCAAAGGGACGAUGGUUGGGGCCAUGUACCGUCAAAUCUUGGGUGAGAACCUCCUUCCCUCAGCCAGGGCAAUGAAAAUGGGUCGUGGAUGGGUAUUCCAGCAUGACAAUAACCCAAAACACACGGCCAAGGCAACAAAGGAGUGACUCAAGAAGAAGCACAUUUAGGUCCUGGAGUGGCCUAGCCAGUCUCCAGACCUUAAUCCCAUAGAAAAUCUGUGGAGGGAGCUGAAGGUUUGAGUUGCCAAACAUCAGCAUCGAAACCUUAAUGACUUGGAGAAGAUCUGCAAAGAGGAGUGGGAAAUGUGUGCAAACCUGGUGGCCAACUACAAGAAACGUCUGACCUCUGUGAUUGCCAACAAGGGUUUUGCCACCAAGUACUAAGUAAUGUUUUGCAGAGGGGUCAUACUUAUUUCCCUCAUUAAAAUGCAAAUCAAUUUAUAACAUUUUUAACAUAUGUUUUUCUUGAUUUUUUUGUUAUUCUGUCUCUCACUGUUCAAAUAAACCUACCAUUAAAAUUAUAGACUGAUAAUGUCUUUGUCAGUGGUCAAACGUACAAAAUCAGCAGGGGAUCAAAUACUUUUUUCCCUCACUGUAUUAAAAAUAAAAAAUGGAAAUAUCACAUUUACAUAAGUAUUCAGACCCUUUACUCAGGACUUUUUUGAAGCACCUUUGGCACCGAUUACAGCCUUGUCUUCUUGAGUAUGACGCUACAAGCUUGGCACACCUGUAUUUGGGGAGUUUCUCCCAUUCUUUUCUGCAGAUCCUCUCAAGCGCUGUCAGGUUGGAUGGGGAGCAUCGCUGCUCAUCUAUUUUCAGGUCUCUCCAGAGAUGUUCGAUCGAGUUCAAGUCCGGGCUAUGGCUGGUCCACUCAAGGACAUUCAGAGACUUGUCACGAAGCCUCUCCUGUGUUGUCUUGGUUGCAUGCUUAGGGUCGUUGUCCUGUUGGAAGGUGAACCUUUGCCCCAGUCUGAAGUCCUGAGCGCUCUGGAGCAGGUUUUCAUCAAGGAUCUCUCUGUACUUUGCGCCAUUCAUUUUUCCCUCGAUCCUAACUAGUCUCCCAGUCCCUGCCGCUGAAAAACAUCCCCCCAUCAUACUGCAACUACCAUGCUUCGCCGUAGGGAUGGUGCCAGGUUUCCUCCAGAUGUGACGUUUGACAUUCAGGCCAAUGAGUUCAAUCUUGGUUUCAUCAGACCAGAGAAUGUUGUUUUUCAUGGUCUGAGAGUCUUUAGGUGCCUUUUGGCAAACUCCAAGUGGGCUGCCAUGUGCCUUUUUACUGAGGAGUGGCUUCUGUCUGGCCACUCUACCAUAAAGGCCUGAUUGGUGGAGUGCUGCAGAGAUGGUUGUCCUUCUGGAAGGUUCUCCCAUCUCCACAGAGGAACUCUAGAGCUCUGUCAGAGUGACCAUCAGGUUCUUGGUCACCUCCCUGACCAAGGCCCUUCUCCUCCGAUUGCUCAGUUUGGCCAGGCGGCCAGCUCUAGGAAUAGUCUUGUUGGUUCCAAACUUCUUCCAUUUAAGAAUGGAGGAGGCCACUCUGUUCUUGGGGACCUUCAAUGCUGCAGACAUUUUUGGGGAACCCUUCCCCAGAUCUGUGCCUCGACACAAUCCUGUCUAGGAACUCUACGGACAAUUCCUUUGACCUCAUGGCUUGGUUUUUGCUCUGACAUGCACUGUCAACUGUAGGACCUUUAUAUAGACAGGUGUGUGUCUUUCGAAAUCAUGUCCAAUUUAUCGAAUUUACCACAGGUGGACUCCAAUAAAGUUUUAUAGAAACAUCUCAAGGAUGAUCAAUGGAAACAGGAAGCACCUGAGCUCAAUUUCGAGUCUCAUAGCAAAGGGUCUGAAUACUUAUGUAAAUGUAACUAAAAACCUGUUUUCGCUUUGUCACUAUGUGGUAUUGUGUCGAUUUGAUGAGGUAAAAAAAAUUAUUUAAUCAAUUUUAGAAUAAGGCUGUAACGUAACAAAAUGUGUGAAAGGUCUGAAUACUUUCUGAAUGCACUGUAUUUGUAUAUAGAACAGAAAUGGAAGUGCUAAUUUACAUUUCUGAUGUUAACCCAUUAAGGACCUACUCAAAUGGCAAGUUUUUUUUAUUUAGAUUUGAAGAGAAGAAUUCAUGUUUCAAUACACCAUUUCAUUGUAUUGUAAAAUAUUGAUUUGGUGCCACAUCUGCCUAUUAUCAUACGUAUUAUUCUUGCUUUCUGGCUUUUCACGUACAAACAACCUUUCACAGUUCAUGUUCUGCAAAUUCUCGAGGAACUAGGUCCUUAAAGGGUUACUUUUAACAUGACGUGUUGGGUUGAUUUAAAUAUAGCCUUUUUGUUUCCAACUGUCAAAUGCCCUCAAAACAAACUACAGUGUCUGGACGCAGAUCUUGAUAGUUGCUUUUCUGUUAGGCCUAGUCAUAAUUAAGGUGCCGUAAUCCAGCAAUCGUAUGGAAUUGUGUGUAUUUAAUUUGUUUAUAGAAACAAAUAUCAAAGCGCCAAAGACAUUGUCUUCCAAAAGCGGCCUGUUCGGCUGCAUUUGACCCGUUAGAACUGGAGAGGCUUAUAGAUAACACUGAACAAGGAGAAUAAGAGGUUGACGCUGUGCCGGAGACAUCGCUGUAAUUAGAGGAUGAAUGGCUUCUUAAUGCCUGAACUGAACCCAAUGACCAGCCACAGCAAGUAGGAUCAUAGAAAUAUAAUUCACCAUGGUUACUGACCAUAACCUGUAGACAAAAAAAUAUAAUUGACAUGAAUGGGAAUGCCUGUUUUAGUAUUUCUAGGGUUUGGAGUCUAUUAAGGUUAGUCACCAUGGUAAAUUCAGGAACUUCUGAUCUGUUUUUUUUUCAGGAUUGUGUGCGAACUAGUCUCAGGCAGCGCAGUCAUACAGGAGAUGGAUAACAUUUUCUCCAUAAUAUGCGUUAUGUCCAGCGUCCAGGCAUUGUACUUGUUGUGACACAAGGUUACCAUCCAGCUUUUACCAUGGUUUUUCAAAUGGUAGGCUAUCUAGCUCUCUGGCCUUUAAAAUGUUGUAAGGUUCAGUAUUGUAGCUCGAUCUAGUUCCCCAUUACUCUGGUUCUUUAGAACUCAAACAAACUUGGACUAUAGUUGACUAGAAGAAGGCAUUUCUGUGCAUGUCUCGCCAUAACCAGUUAGUCAUGAGUGAAGAAUUCAGAGUCUGAAUGAGCGUCUGUUUGAAUUUACUUUGCCAGCAGAUUUCCACAUUACCAUAAAAUGUUGACCACGUGUGUUAUUUAUUGGUGGUUGAUGUUUUAAUAAACGGUGAAAUUCGGUCAUUUUCCCCACAAAAAAACGUGCUAGUCAUCUUUUUUAUUUGAAUUGAAGUUAUUGCUAUAUCUGUCGCUCCUUGUGGUAAACACUAGGAUGGUAGCCACAAUGUGAAACUGACUCAUGAUCUAUUCUGCAUGUCAGUCAUUGUUUGUUAUUUUGAUAAGUGUGCAACUGUGUCAAUCUGGGUGUAACAUUUCUGUUGCAAUGAUUAUUAUUCUUCUCUGUUGUCCUCAAUACUGUGUAUACUAUGUUUUACCUCAGCCCUAAGCACCUGUAACUAACGUUGUCGUCGUUUCCCCCCCCGGCCCCCCCCCCCUUUGUUUUCUCUUCCCUCUGGUCCAUGUGACCCGCUGUGCUCCGGCCUCUCCUCACACAGCCUCCACCUCACCACCUUCUGCCUGCAACACAAGCCCACAGUAAUCGCCUGCGUCUGCAUCCACCUGGCCUGUAAAUGGUCCAACUGGGAGAUCCCGGUUUCCACUGACGGGAAACACUGGUGGGAGUACGUGGACAACUCUGUCACACUGGAGCUGCUCGAUGGUGAGGCUUUGAUUUUGGUUCAUGCUCAUAGUUUGAAAAGAAGGCACAGUUAAAAUGUGGUUUAGUUUAGAAUAAUAGUUUGUUUUCGUCAAUGAGAAAUGUUUGCAAUAUUUCAUUGCAAUUAAUUAGGUGUUAAAACCAAGUAUGAUCUUUCCUUGCCUUCAGAACUGACGCAUGAGUUCCUUCAGAUUCUGGAGAAGACGCCGAGCAGGUUGAAGAGGAUACGAAAUUGGAGGGUAAGCUUCAGUUUUUCACCAGUUAAUCAUCAUUAAGACCUCUUAAUCAUGUUAAAUACUGUAGAGCGUCCUGUGUCUGCUGAUUUGAAUUCAGUGUAGUUUUAUUGCUGUACAGUUUUAUAUAAUGCCCUUCACAAAAUCCCUCCUCACGCCAUCAUUCUCUCUUCUCCCCCUUGCCAGGCCACGCAAGCUGCCAAGAAGACCAAGGGAGAUGGCUCUCAGGCAAAUGACCCCUACCCAGGACCCUCCCUUGUCCACGAACAUUCCCUGGGAGAUGCCAUCCCUGGGGUCUCCAACUCAGCCUUUUCCAAAGCCGCCUCCUCGUUCCCUGUCCCUCUGCCGGGGCACGCCAGUGGACCCCUCUCCCUGGACUCUAUCGCGUCCAUGCAGGGCAGCUCCUACACCUUCACGGCCCCCAGCGACUGGCCCCAGGAUACGGGGGGUCGCUUGGAGGGAGGAAGCUAUUCCCUCAAAACAGAUGCACUUGGCCUCCAACAGGGUGCUCCACUGAACCCACACAGACCAGAUAAGACGGAGUUCAACCCUACUAAACAUGAACACAAGGUCGGGGUAGGAGGGGGUGGGGGGAAGCAACAGCAGCCAGUUUUCCCUCCACCACCCCCACCGGCUCAGAAAAUGUCCCUGGACAAGUAUAGAGAGAAGCACGCUGCUGAGCUGGUGGUGCAGCAUAAACGCAGGGCAGAGCAGCAGAGUGUGGAGCCUGAGGGCAGGGACUCAUAUAUACCCUCCUCUGUCCAAUCAGACCACAGGAAACACAUGCAGCCCCAUCCUAACCCUGGGGGCAGCAGCAGCACCACUGCCUCCCCUCUUAAAAUGAAGCUGGCCAUGCCAGGCCAGGACAAGGUCCCCUCUGACAAACGGGACAAGGGGGGCUCACUCAAACUCCGCCUUCCAGUUCCUUCUCAGGGGGGUUGUGGCCAGCAAAGAGGAGCUGAAGAUGAAAAUCAAGGUGUCCUCUGAGCGCCACAGCUCUUCUGACGAGGGCGGGGCCAAGAGCAAACAUUCCAGCCCGCUAGUGAGCAAGGAGAAGCACCGGGAACACUCUACCCACCGCCACCACCACAAGCAGCACGGCCACUCUCACCUCCAUGCAGCACAGCACAGUGGCAACGGCCAGGGGGGGCCCCGAGGGGCCAGCAGGGGCCGGGCCAGCCCUCCUCCGGAGCCCCCUAGGGCUGGGGGGUGUUGAGGGGGUGGCGGGCACGGCCCUCGGUUCUGGUUCCAGCUCCUCCCGCAAGAGGGGGCACCCACACGUCGCCAGCCACAACCACCACUCCUCCUCCAAAACGAGCAAAAGCUCCAAGGGCGGCGCAGGUAGUUCCUCCUCCUCUCAUUGUUCCUCUGUUCAGCUGCAGUCACAGUGUGUGUCGUCUCAGUCACAGCUCUGGUUUUAACCUUCCCUUCCCCCUCCUCCCCCUGUCACCAGGUGGGCUACGGACAUCUCAGCACCCUAGUGAAACUGGACAAGAAGCCAGUGGAGAGCCGCAGUCUUGAGGGCGCCGGCCGGGCGUUUGCUGCCAACGGGCAGACUACACACACUUUUACAUGCUCGAUUCCCUCUUAAGUGCCCAAGGAAUUAACUCAUGAACCCUUUAUAGCAAAGCAUAGGAAGGUAAAGCAAAAAAUAUAAAGGAAAGUGUAGGACAUCUCAAGUGUUGAGGCAAAAAGAGAGAAAUGAAUGCUUCCUGAUCAUCUGAUCUCUUGGCAGCGCUGGUAUAGUCCUGCCCUUUCAGUGUGUAAUUGCUGCUUUGUCCUCCAUAUUCUCAGGAUGGGUCUUGGAAUGCGGACGUGUGUGAGUGUUAGGGGGGGUCACCUGGGUUUAAAUCUCCAUAUUGGGAGAAAAAAAUAAGUAUUAUAAAUACUGAAAAGGCAUGAAAGGUGCAAUUUCUAAUAGUUUAUUUUAAAUAAUAAUUUAAACUCCAUUUCCACAACUGUUAUCCAUUCUGGUGAGAAAACAAGUCGAGCAGGCCACUGUUGUGGCAGGAGGGGGCUUAGCUCAGACAGAAGUAGAGGAGGUAGGCCAAACAUGGCUGCCAAUGGAAGCUGGAUUUUUAGUUUAUUUCUCUUGAAUUAGUUUCUCAUUUUUUAUACUGAAUACUGUAUGUAGGAUCUGCAUGCAAUCAUCAAAGGGAUAACGCAGAAUGCUGACCGCUGUUUACAGAAAGUGGAGAUAAAUGUACAUGCAUUUUUGGAUGUUUAAAAAGCUAUACCAUAAAUACUCAGGUUUGGAGCUGCUUGUAAGUAUAACAAGAUGUAUAUUGGGGAAAAAUACUAUUGUAACUUGAUGUAGCAGUCCUAUCAUCAGUGAUUCUGACUGCCGUGUUCCUGUGUUGUGCUUAGAGCCUGUACUACACAUGGCUGCCAGGAGAUGGCACUUGACCUUCGACCUUUCCAAUUUAGCCAAUCCAGACCCUACAAACAGUACCAACCACCUGGCAUGUUGUCAGAGGCCAUGCAAUUUGUACACUUUUUUUUUUUUUGACCUCCAAGAUGAACUUAAGCUGGAUGCCAAAGGCUGUGCCUCACAAAAAACUAAAGAUAUACAUGAGAAUAGGGCAAUAAUAAUAGUGCUAUAAAGUUUACAUGCCUAACCUUUGCUGUGAAGUGCAUUUACACAAAAUUAUUACUUGGCUUGACGCUGUAGCCCAUAGAUACAAAGCUGUACGUCAGUACUGGUAAAUAAUGUAUUCUUUAUGACUGGUGAAAGAAAACAGCAGAAAAGUAGCCUGGGUGCCAGUCUUUCUGCUCUCUUGCCAACUCCUUAUGUAAUUGACAUGGCUUGACAAUGGAGUAGGCAAGAGCACAAA